AUGAGAACUAGAGAAAUUGAACCUAACGUGGUUAUGUAUGGAACCAUUGUCAAUGGGCUCUGCAGAAUGGGCAACACUAUCAGGGCUGUUAGUUUGCUGAGGAUAAUGGAAGAGGGAAGUUGUAAACCUAACACCGUAGUGUACACCACGAUCAUUGACAGUCUUUGCAAGGAUAGAAUGGUGGAUGAUGCUCUCAAACUCUUUUCUACAAAGGAUGAAAAGGGUAUUUUCCCAAGUGUUGUCACUUAUACUUCUUUGAUUCAUGGCCUAUGUAAUUUUGGCCCGUGGAAGGAGGCUACUGGAAUGUUCAGAGAAAUGUUGGAUAGUGGUAUUGCUCUAAAUGUUCAUACGUAUAAUGUGUUGCUGGAUGCAUGUACCAAGGAAGGGAAGAUGAAAGAGGCAGAGGGGGUAAUUGAAGCCAUGAUACAAAGAGGUGUGGAUCCUGAUGUAGUCACAUACAAUACUCUAAUGGAUGGAUAUUGUUUGCAAGGCCAAAUGGAUGAAGCAAUUAGAGUGUUCAAUACCAUGGUGGAUAGGGGCCUUCACCCCAAUGUUUUUAGCUAUAACAUUCUAAUCAAUGGAUAUUGCAAGAAAAUGAAAAUAGAUGAGGCCAAGCAUCUCUUUCGAGAAUUGCCUCAAAGGGGUUUGAAACCCGACAAUGCAACUUUUAGUGCUAUGUUACGGGGUUUGUUUCAAAUAGGUAGAUGUGGAGUUGCUCAAAAACUUUUUAAUGAUAUGCAAGCUGCAGGCAUAAUUCCAGAUUCUCAAACUUAUGGUAUCUUAUUGGAUGGGUUGUGCAAAAAUGGGCACAUUUCUGAAGCAUUGUCAAUAUUCUUAUUGAUGCAUUCUGCAAGGAUAAAUAGCUUGAUACUGCAAGGGCCCUUUUCAGUAACCUUUCUUCCAAGGGUUUAUAACCUGAUGUUAAGACAUACACUACGAUGA